AUGGCCAUAACAGCAUGCAGAGCAUUGCAGUUUCAGUACAUAUGGAUUGAUUCAUUGUGUAUCAUCCAGGAUUCGGAAGAGGACUGGCAAAAAGAGGCAGCGACUAUGCAUCUUGUAUACGGAAACUCUGCCCUGAACAUAUGUAUGCCUGGUGCAGCUACAACAAGAGAUUCAAGGUUGAUAAAGCCAUUGGUCGUCAGACUUGAGCAGGAGGGCGAACCGACAAAAGAGGCCCAUAUGGUCUGUGCGAGAACAUGCCAUCGGGACUUGUUUUUCAGCCCUUUGAGGGAUAGAGGAUGGAUCUUCCAGGAGUUAUCACUUUCAAGACGAUCUCUCAUGUUGGGCUGUGUGCAGCUUUGGUGGCAUUGUCAUGAGCAGCUUGCAUGUGAAACGUUUCCAGAAGGAACAAAUUAUGGCGCCAGAUUUGGGUCCGGAGCGGUUGAGAAGUCGGAACUCAGUGCAAUGAAACUUGGAGACUCGGAGGCAAAGAAUGCUCAUUCGAUCUUACCGUAUGAGAACUGGUGGAACAUGGUGGAACAAUAUGCCUCUUCCAAUCUCACAUACGAGACAGAUAGAGUAAUUGCCUUUUCUGGCGUCGCUCAAGCAUUUCGCCUGUUGCACAAUAUUGAGGGUCAAUAUCUAGGAGGCAUUUGGACUCUCAACCUGCCCGAGGGACUGCUGUGGUAUCGACAUGACUGGGCUGCAUCCCGUUCAAACAGUUACAAGGCACCUUCAUGGAGCUGGAUGUCGGUUGACGGACCUUAUAAUAUGGAUCAUGGUCGCGAGUACGCAACUAGAUUCUGUUGCUCGAUCGAGCAGAUAUAUCUACAUCCCAGGGACGAGAAGCAUGAUACUGGCUUGAUAGACGGUAGUGCUCUUAGAAUCUGUGGACAUCUGGUUGGGCCUGUCGCAAAUGUCCCUUCACUGGAGGAGGACAUCCUAAUGUGCCACGCGAAAACAGAUGAGAAGGCAACUGGCGGGGUUUGCAUGUUGUACGAGGAUGAAGAGGGGGAUGAUAGGGUUCCCUUGAUAUCCUAUGUGGAUGGACUAGAUCAGGAGUCCACACAAGCUGGUCUGGCGUCAGGAGCCCCCCGACAGACAAUAACGUUUUCGGAGGCAAAAGGUUCGAUCUUUUGUUUGCCGAUUGCCUACUGCGACGGCGAUACUGGAGAUAAUGAUGAUCCCCAACUCUGUGGUCUUGUCCUAUACAAUCCUUCCCAUCAACCUGGGAUCUAUCACCGCAUCGGCUAUUACGAGUUGGAUUGCGAAGAAGUUGAAGAUUUUGAAUUCUUAUUGCGAACAGAGCACCCUCUACAAUCAGUCCUUAUUUGUUAA